CGGAAGGAUUCUGAUGGCUGAAGGGCCCUUCAUGCUUUUCUUUCCAGCCAGCAUCCAAACCCUCUGCCGAUCAUGGAGAUGUCUCGUCAAGAGGCUUUCACUAAGCCGAAGCUCAAACCACCAUGCGUCGAGUUAAGUGCUGUGGGGUUGCGGUUUCGUGGGAACCAAGCAACGCCAAAUGAUGUCUUCCGGGCUCUCAAUUCGCUAUAUAUAGUGUUGGUUCAAUUAGCGGAUAAGGACGCGCUGGAUGAGAAGCUAGCGGAAUAUGCAUUCUUUCCACUAUGCCAUAUCUUCAACGAAACCCAGAGGACCCCGGUCAAUUCCCUUGAGGUGUCCGUCAAAUGCUUGAGAAUCCUUGUGGGGAAGGGAUGGCGAAGACGGCUAUCCCCCCAGAUGGGCAAGCAGCUCAUGAUCUUGCUGACAUUGAUCGUGGGUGGGACACCGAAUAAAUCGGGUGAAACUCAAUCCGCGCAGAUUCGAUCGCCGGAACUCUCCAUUGCGGGAUAUGACUGCCUCUUGGUCAUUUUCAAUGCUUUGGAAGGACCCGUGGCGACAGAGACAGUCUACCACGAGAUUGGCACCGCAACUGUCGUUGACCAAACGGUUUAUCUUUUACUCGAAGGUGUUGUGGAUGAAGGGUCAGAUGAGCUUUGCAUCUCUGCGGCCAAGGCACUCCAGGCGCUCUUUCAGCGCAUCACAGAUCGGGUGGUGCUGGCCAGCAUCAUGCCGCGGACAGUCUCAACUCUGACCAAAGUUAUAAAACCGACGACUCAAAUAAGACGGUCAUUCAGGCUCCUGUCGACUUGUCUACAGAUCUUUAAUUAUCUAGUGAAGAUGGUGCUAAACGACCGUGCCUCAAAAGUUCCUGAAAAGUCGGCUCCAUCCCCAAAGGCAGAUGAUCCACUCGUGCUUGACGGGUCUUGGUUGAAAGCCACGUCCACACAAAUAAAACUUGCCCUCGCAAAUGUUAUCCAGAUAAGGCGACACGACCGCCCUGAAGUGCAGGCUGCACUGCUUGAACUUUGCCUAAUGAUAGUGGAGGACUGCCAGAACACGCUUCAGGAGGCACUGCCUAUCAUUGUCGAGACUGUCGUCGUGUUAGCGGAUGUGGAUGAAAGUCAAACACCAAAUGAGGCGUUUAUGGCACUCAAGCAUCUUGCCACCACUUAUCAUGUGGUGGUAGACUCUCUGAAAAACUCUCUCCACACUUGGGUUACUGCCUUCCCCAGAACAAUGCAGAGCAACGAUGAAACGGCGAAACAGUGGGCAGUCAAACAGAUUUCAACUGCGUUUCAGAUACUAUCGCAGGUUCAAUCGGGAUCCGACAUCCUUGUCAAUAACCUGGCAUCGGGAAUAUGCGAUAGUGUUGCAGUCGCUGUCAAUCAAUCGACAAAUGCCCUCCAGCCUCUAGGAUCUGGUAUCUCAGACAACCAGACUCUGGCAGUCCUCCAUAAUGGGAGUCAAUCCUCCUCGUUUCCCACACUUAUCUUGGAACAUAGGAGCCAGCAAAAAACACUCGAUGAUCUGCGGUCCAUGAUUGUCAAGCUCAACGCAUCUGAAUCCGGAAAUGAGAUCACACGAAUCAUCAUUAACCGAGUUCACCGAGAGCACGGGAAUUCGCUCGUUGCACCCUUCUGGCUAGCACUGUCAUUUCUCAAUAGCAACACCCAACUCACGUCAGUAUUCGACGACUUCAUCUCAUCAGAUGAGCUUGAACCUUCAAGCCAAAAUUUGACAAGAGCUAGCAUGAUUGAAGAGCUAUACUACGUUUCAUUGUCCAUAAUUAACGAACCGCUGGCCGACGAGCUCGGUGACUGGCGAGUACAGGCACUUGCCUUGGAAGUCGUUGCCCUCCAGGCACAGCAGCUCGGGGAGGCAUUUCGUCCCGAGUUGAUGGACGCACUAUACCCUGUCCUUCAAUUACUCGCAUCCAGCAACCCGAGCCUUCAGAAGCACGCUAUGACGUGCCUCAACAUCCUUACCACCGCUUGCAAUUACGGAGACGCCAGCACGAUGAUCAUCGAAAACGUCGACUACCUUGUGAAUUCAGUGGCAUUGAAGCUAAACACUUUUGAUGUAUCACCAUACCCGCCACAGGUUUUAUUAAUGAUGGUGAAACUAUGUGGGGUGCGGCUAGUCCCCUACUUGGACGAUCUGGUAGACUCUAUAUUCAGCAUCCUGGACAUGUACCACGGAUAUCCUCGGCUCGUGGAGAUGAUGUUCCGGACUCUGGCUUCCAUUGUCGAAGAAGGCACCAAAAGCCCAUCCUUCCUCGCGAUCGGCGAUGGCACAGAAAACGCAGGCGUUAAUCACCGCAAGAAGCAGUACGAGAAACUUCAAAUGUCAACGCUGGCAAAAGACCUUGCUUAUCGCAGAGCAAAACGGGCAGAAUUGGCCGAAGAGAUUGGCGAGGCUGACGAGAUGAUUUCGCAUCCGAAAAAACCUUGGACCAGGGAGCCCGAAAAGGCCGAGCAGCAAGACCCAGACAUCGACCCCAAUCCAGACACCUUUUCCGAGCUGCUCAAGGAGCAAGAGUCCGAUGAACCGCUCCCUCCACCCCGCGAACCCGAAGACAGCGAGAAGCCCUUAACCAAAUCACACACGCUUCUUCUCCACAUCGUCAAAUCCAUCCCAUCUCACAUGUCAUCCCCCUCCCCAUACCUACGCCGCUCUCUCCUCUCAAUCCUCAUCGACGUCUUCCCAACCCUCUCCCCCCACGAGAACAGUUUCCUCCCCCUAAUCAACGACCUCUGGCCCUCCGUCGCAUCCAGAAUCAGCUUUCCCACCUCCUUCAGCGACCCCACCUCCUCCACCACCUCCUCAACCUCCACCACCCUCAUCCCAACCCACGCCCCCACCCCCCCAGAAAUCGCAUCCACGCGCCUCAAAAAGAACGCCAGCGAAUUCGACUUCCAGGAAGAAAUCUUCGUCUCCACAACAGCCUGCAAAGCCAUCGAAACGAUCUGCAAAUCCGCCGGCGACUUCAUGGCCUCGCGGGUCGAAACCGAAUUCCCGCGCUGGGAACGCCUGUACAUCCGCGCCUGGGAAAAAGUCCGCCAGGACACCGACAAAGUCAUCGAACGACGGGCCAACCACAAGCAACCCUCCACCUCCACCUCCGCCGAACAACCCUCCAAUCCAGACACAGAUCCAGAUACAUCGCUCUCCCUCCCCUUCACCUCCACCUUCACGCAAUCCCUAUCUCUCACUACAACCGGAUCCCACGGCACCCGCAGCUUCACCCCCCACCACACCCUCUGGCGCGCCAUGGUGCCCUUAUUCGUUACUCUGCUCGCCCACGUCCGCCUCCCGCUAUCCAUGGGCGACAGGAUCUGCGAGUUCCUUGGUGCGUGGAUUGUCAGAUACGCAGGACCGGAGUAUUACUCUUCUCGCUCCCAAGUACAGAAAGACCACCCGACACCUGAGUCCGGACUUCCUUCCCUGCGGGUGGAGAUCGAGUCGGUUGAGAGCGUGAUCCAGGUAAUGGAGACGUGGAAUGCGGAUUUAACAUGGUUUAUUUUCCAGGAGCAGAGGGCUCAGGUGGUGAGUUUGUUAUCGUUGGCUAGGAGGAAGAGGACGACGGCGACGACCAGGAUGAGUAGUGUUUCGAAGAUCGUGGAUUUGGAUGAGGAGCCGUUGAAGGCGUGGUCUGUACCGGGGACGAGGCUGAGGUUCGCAGAAAUGGUCUUUUAGAGCGGUGGUUGAGGGGAUGUUGGGGUUGAGUUAAGUACAUAUAGGUUGC